AUGGACCCUGAAAUAUACAGCUACACAACCUCUAAAGAAGAACUGCAGAUGGAAUUGCUCCAAGUAAGCCCCCUUGGCAACACCCUGGUUCACUUCGCCGCGAGUGUAGGCGACGCUGCCCGUGUUGAACGGCUGCGCUACCUGUCACCGGAGCUCAUCCUAACGAAGAACAACGACGGAAACCUCCCGCUGCACUUAGCAGCAUCCGUAGGGGACCGGUCCACAGUCCUUUCUCUUGUAAAAUUUCCCCAAACUGAUAUGCUGAGGGAAAAGAAUAACAGAGGGAACACGGCGCUGCACGUGGCCAUGGAAAAUGGGCACCUAGAGGUGGUUAAGUUGUUGAUUGAAAUAGAUGGAUCGAUGUGGUAUUCUCCAAAUAUGCACAACAAGACUCCCAUUUCCAUGGCUGCUGAAGCUGGAAAUCAUGAGCUUGUUAAUUUAAUGCUCUACCGCUAUCAAGAUCAGCCGAUAGGCACUGAACCAGAUGGUUCCAGCUACUAUCUUUUUAAGAACCGGUGGGAAGGGAACUCGGUUCUUCGAGCUGCCAUCUUAGGAAGGAAUAAGGGUGUCUUUGAUGCAAUACUUUUGGACACUGAUCCGUCUUUGAUCGACUCAUCGGAUGAAGAGGGGAUGACUGCUCAUACACUUGCAGCACAUAUAGGUGACACUGAAGCUGCAGACAAGUUGUUAAGCUUGUGUCCUGAUGGCCCAUACAAGCAGGACAAAAACGGCUUCACACCGGCACAUUUGGCCUCCAGAAAAGGCCACAUCAGGAUUGUCGAAAUGCAUCUUAAUCGUUGCCCGCCAUCAAGGUACUUGCUCGACGGUAACAGAUGGAACAUUCUACAUGUGGCAGUUUGGCAUCGAAGAGACAACAUGGUAAAAUUUUUGCUCAAAAGGCGAGAGCUUGAAGGGCUUAUCAAUCAGAAAGAUCGCUUUGGAAACACACCUCUGCAUUUAGCAGUUCGGCAAGGGUAUCCAAAGACUGUCAGCAUUUUGGCAUCGGAUAAGAGGGUUAACUUAAGCAUUAGGAACCAUGAACGCCAUACGGCAAUGGAGAUUGCACGAAUGUCGUUGAUGGGUGAAAAGAUCUUGUUUCUUCGAAGGCCUCUAACAGUUAUGGCCUUGACAUUAGCUAAUGCUUCACGAUCUCAAGAGAGGAUUAUUGCCAAAGUAAAGCCAGCGAGAGUUAAUUAUUUUAAGAACACUAAGAAAGAUGGAGAAUUUCGUUCUGGGGCCACUGAGGAUGCUGACAGCCACAGACAGACUGUCAACAAUCUCUUGUUGGUGUCGACACUCGUUGCCACGGUAACCUUUGCUGCUGGCUUCACAGUGCCGGGUGGAUAUAAGAACUCUGGACGUGAUGAAGGCAGGGCAACUUUGGUUACAGAUUGGGCAUUCAAAACAUUUCUGAUAUGCAACACAAUAGCAAUGUAUAGCUCAAUCACUGGUGCAAUUUCCCUUCUUUGGGCACAAACAGGUGAUAUGAGUUAUGCUUCUGCAAGAUUUGGAUUGCCAAUAUUAGGGGUAGCUCUCUCAAUGAUGUUCAUGGCGUUCAUGGCUGGUGUUGCACUAGUAACAAGUAACCUUAUUUGGCUUUCGAUCUUCGUUGCCAUUACGGGUUCAAUCUUUCUCGUCAUCAUAUCAGCUCUGCUUGUUCCACUAAUAGUCCCAAUUUCUUCCAAGAAUCGCAUUACACGGUUCAUCUUGUACUGUAUCUUCCGUUUGUUGUUGAGCGUAACUAGAUAUGAUGAUGAUGAUGACGAUGACGGGGUUCACAUUGUUUGUUGA